AUGGCGUCCGGCGUGGCGACCCUCGACUACGACCACAACCCCUCCCCCCGACCCCUCAAACGCGCCCGAAAGUCGAACGCGAACGGCGAGAAGUUUCCCAGCGAAAAGGAGGAGCAUCCUUUCGUCAACAAUGCGCCCCUGGACCACAUCUUUAUCGCGGAUGGCGUGAUGGCGAAGAAACCUGGAGGCAAGAAGGCCCCCUUGUCAUGCUGCGAAUGUCGACGGUUGAAAUUGAAGUGCGACCGCAACUUCCCCUGCGCAUCCUGCAAGAAACGCGGUUGUGCAGAAAUAUGUCCCGAUGGCGUCCUCGUCUCUGGGAAAGGGACCCGCUUCAUCCUCGCCAACACGGAGCAGUUGCACAGUAAAAUUCAAGAAAUGAGCGAUCGCAUUCGCAGCUUGGAAGACGCUCUGCAGACCCUCCAUGCCGACCAUGCCUCUGAUCCUGAUCAGCCUCACCCUCUGUUGCAACCAGACCUACUUGGAAUUAAGAGCACCAUGGGCCUCUACAGCGGCUCGCAGUCGAACGGGCCAGACGCUCUGAAGCCCCACAGGUCCCCGGCAUCCAGCUCGCAACACGGGGACGGAGCAGAACAAGGAGGUGCAGCUGUCGAGCGUGGCUCCAGCGAGGACACCGUCAUGGCUCCGGACGCACACCACCACCACCAGAAGGACCUCAAGGACGACCCGCUAUCAGAAGCGCACUUCGCCGCCGAGAUUGUCCGCCUGAGCCACAACUUUCCGUUGUCCGACUCCGUCUCGCCCGAGCCCAAUCUCCGUCUGCGCGAGUAUAUUCGGAGCAACCUACCUCCGCGCGAAGAGGCCGACUAUCUUUGGGAACAAGCCCGACAGAAUGCGCUGUGGCAGUACAACCCACACCCCAGUUCGACUUUCUACCCGAACUUGGCCUACCACUGCUACUCGUCACCCAGCUCAUCGCUUUCUCCGCGCCGCCUUGCACUGCUCUACAUGAUCCUCGCAGUAGGCUGCCUUGUCGACGUCGCAGGACGGGCCCCUGAUCAUCCGGACGCCGAACGGUACCAUCGACUCGCACGCGCGAGCCUGUGUGAGAUUCCGGUCAUGGAAGAAACAAACGUAGAAACCAUCACAGCGCUCUUCUACGAGAUAUGGUAUCUGCUAGUGUUCUCCGAUAAGAAGAAGGCUGCAGGUUAUGCUUGGGGUCUCAUGGGCCUGACGGCGAAACUGGCGCAGAGUAUUGGUCUUCACCGGAACGGAGGCAAGUCGAAAGUGAUUCCCGAAGAGCUCGAGAAACGACGCUCGUUAUUCUGGGAGCUGCUGUACCUCGAUGCCCGACUUUCAUUAUCGUUGGGUCGACCUCCUUCGCUUUCCAUUAACCACAUGGAUUGCCCUCGGCCCUCAUACCCACCCGAUGAGGACUGUGAUAUCUCUGAAAGCUUGCACUAUUAUCAAGAGUGGAAGCAUUCCUGCUAUCUGAACUGCUUAGCCCCCGUUCUCGACGCCAUUUCGCAGCCAAACCUGAGCUAUGACACCGUUCUCGAACUCGACACCCGCAUUCGCGAUUUCUCAAUCCCUGUUCCUCUGCGAAACAAAGAAUCGCGGUCUCGUUUCGUCAUCAUUCAACGAGCCUCGCUAUCAACUGCCCUGGAAGCUGUCUUACUCCAGCUUCAUCGCCAGUUCUUUACACGCGCCGUAAGUGGGCCAGAAGAAGCGUUUAAUAGAAGGCACAAAUACGCCCCAUCCGUCGUGGCCGUCUUUCUUAGUGCCUCGCGCAUGAUAGCCACCGUCCAGGAGCUCUACAACCACCAGCCGCAUUUGACAGCCAGGAUCCUGGGAUACUGGUCCAACGCGUUUUCUGCUGCAGUCGCGCUAUGCCUUCUCGUUUCGCGCGCCCCGUUCACGUGCCUGUCGCCUGCAGCGCUGCAGGAGCUCGAGCGUGCGCGCCUCCUCUUCCGUUCAGCGAAGGACACCUGCCCCCGUGCGCUCCAAGUUAUCCCGAUGCUUGAGACUAUGAUCGACAAGGCCAACUAUAUUUACAAUCGCUGGUCGACGGGGCAAGAGCUGCCUACGAUCGUGCUGCGGCAUAUCACCGACGACUACAGCUACUCAGACUAUGGGGGCCAGAACAGCCCGAACAUGCCGCUGUCCGACCUGAACAACGUUAACCAUGGGCAGUACAACCAGACACCGUCGCCGACGUUUGUGCAACAGCAGCAGCUACAACCGAGAGAUUCAUUUGCGCGUGCGCACCGGAGUUUGGCGCAGUGCAUCGCCGAGGUGCACGAGCGCGCCAAGGCGCUGUUCCCGCUUCGCAAACCGUGCCAGUGCUCUGCGACGGUUUCGCAGAACUGUCCGCCAUCGCACUCGUGGAGCCCGCCCCCAGCCCUCCCGUCGCAGAUGUCGCCUGUCCUGCCUGAAGUGCCGCCGCCGCUCUCCUUCAUGCACUCUCCUAUUCAGUAUGGGAACGUGCAUGGCAAUGCGGUCAUUUCGUCGCCGCAUGGGUACUCGCCACCGAUGUCGAAUGGAUCACAUUCGCUUUACGGUGCGGUGAGCGAAAGUCAUGGCAUCUAUUCAAGCACGGUACUUCCUCAGGAUGGGCCGGCAAUUCCCUCUCCUCCUCUCACGCUGUCGCCCUCAUCGAAGAUGGCCGUGGUCGACACGCUGAACUUUGAGCUCGGUGCGCUCAACUCGAGCAGUGAUCAAAACUGGAUGGCCUUUUUCUAG